AUGUCGGAUAGCGACCUCGGGGAGGACGACAGCGCCACGUCCCCGGACCCCUCGCAGUCCAACAAGAGGAAGAGAAGGGGCAAUCUCCCCAAGGAGUCGGUGAAGAUCCUGCGGGACUGGCUGUACGAGCACCGCUUCAACGCCUACCCCUCCGAGCAGGAGAAGCUCAGCCUCUCGGGGCAGACCAGCCUCUCUCUCCUGCAGGGGAGCAAGGGCCAGCGGGCUCGCAGCUGA